CGCUCAAAUUAACUACGACGCCUAUGGAGAUCGCAAGUACAUUAAUGGAUAUAUAUGUGUUGUAGAGAGAAGAGGUGUACGUCAUAGAGGAGAUCGCUUCACGUCUAUUUCCCUACUAUACCCAUAAUACUGAGUUUUUGCAAGUAUAGGGAUCUUAGCAUUUACACAAACCAUAUUGCAUAAAAUAUGGUUUCACUGUAGCAUUGCGAACUACUGGGCUUGUUUGGUUCUCGUUCGCUUCAGCAAAAUGGCGCAGUUGCCUCCGAAGGUCCCCAACAUCACGCCCACUCACCAGCCGGCGGCGCCGUGGGCCAGCGAGUUCCUCGGCUUCUCCGCCGCCAGGCGCGGGGCCCACCGCCGGUCGGUGAGCGACUCCGUCGCAUUUCUCGAGGAGUGCGUCGGCAGGGGUGGCGAAGGACUCGGCGGCUUCGACAACAACGACGACCAGCUCAUGGCCAUGUUCCCCGAUGACGCGGCGCCGGUCGUGUCGUCGCCGUCGGACCGCAGCGGCGUGAAUGGCAUGCCGUGCGAGGAGGCGGAGCCGACCGCGGGGGCGCCGCCGCAGGAAGAGACGACGGCGGCGGAGAAGAUAGUUGACCCCAAGAGGGUUAAAAGGAUAUUGGCGAAUAGGCAAUCGGCGCAGAGAUCGCGAGUGCGGAAGCUGCAGUACAUCUCCGAGUUAGAACGGAGCGUGACGACGCUGCAGACGGAGGUUUCUGCGUUGUCCCCUCGAGUGGCCUUUCUGGAUCACCAGCGCUCGCUGCUCACGGUCGGCAACAGCCAUCUUAAGCAGCGCAUUGCUGCCCUCGCCCAAGAUAACAUUUUUAAAGAUGCUCACCAAGAGGAACUAAAGAAGGAGCUUGAGAGAUUGCGAGAAGUGUAUUAUCAGCAGAAGCUCAGGAACAUGGACGCACCGGAUUUUGAUGCUUCAGUACAUUUGGAGAAAGAGCUCCUCAACUUCGAGGGAACUACUUGCACAUUGGGCCCAACUCCGUGACUCUCUUAUUUAUGAUUGUGGCGAUGAUCAUGGAAGGAAUUCGUUGCGAAUAACCUUGUUAAGUAUGUCUGCUUCCGAACGUAAAUGAGAGUAGAAAUUAAAUUGAAAAGAUUGAUUCUUCCCACAACGUAUGAGGCCCGCACCCUCGUGAUUUGUAUAAAUUUCUUAACAAUUUAGGCGCUUCCAAUUACUUCUAAAAGACGUCAUAGACCAAGGUGGUGGCGGUGGUGGAGGUCGUACUCAUCUGUUAGUUUUAUUUGUUUAUUCCUUGAUUUUUCAUAAUUGAUUAAUUUUGGUUUUAUUUAGUUUUGAUAUUGGGGAUUUACAAGAAUUCUAAUGAAAUGCACGGGCCGAAGGGUUUAUCAGAUUAAUUUUUCCGUUGUUCCAAAUGCCAUUUUAUACAGUAACAAGUUUUUUUUUUUUUCUAUUUUUUUUCUCUUUUUCUUUUU